GUUGUCUGAGAGGAAAUGCAGAGGAAUGAGGCUGGCACAGCGCCCACUGCAGUCCUGAAAUCACGCCUCCCUCACUUCCCCUCUAAUUGGUUCCGCACGAGCUACCGUGGAGAGCUCACCUGCUUUAAUUGCACUAUCGCGACAAGUUGGCCAAGUGACGUCGAUGCGACUGGUCGACCACUUGCAGCCGUCGUCGGACUGAUCUGAGGAGCGGAUGCUUGUGCACAGGAAGGGACUGCAGCAGUAGUCGCGCGACCCGAGGGACGUGCUGCACACCAGGCCGACAGUCUGCAGCAGCAGCAGCAGCAGCGGGCAUCUCAGCCUGUGGAGGGCUGCAGGACAGAGCACUGAGAGCGCGUGGACAUGGACCCAGUAAACUAAAUGUGAAUCUGCUUCAUCUUUGAGCUCCCACGACAGGAGUGCACAGACUCUUUUACGCGUGGGUAAAAAACUCCUGGGCUCGGCUGUUUUUGUUUUUUCCCCUCUGCUCUCUGCUUGGAGCUGCUUCAUCGUUAUUCUCUGCGUCGGCUGGCACACUGACUCCAUCAGCGUUGAAGACAAGUGGUCGGUGCGCCCCUGCUUUUGGAGCCAUGGGUUGUACAGUGAGCGCCGAGGAUAAGGCUGCCGCGGAGAGGUCAAAGAUGAUUGACAAAAACCUCCGAGAGGACGGAGAGAAGGCAGCCAGAGAAGUGAAACUGCUUUUAUUAGGCGCUGGGGAGUCCGGGAAGAGCACCAUCGUAAAGCAGAUGAAGAUCAUCCAUGAAGAUGGCUACUCAGAAGACGAGUGCAAGCAGUACAGAGCAGUGGUUUAUAGCAAUACCAUCCAGUCUAUCAUGGCCAUUGUUAAAGCCAUGGCCAGUCUCAAGAUAGACUACAGCGACCCUGGCAGAGUGGACGACGCCCAGCAGCUCUUCGCUCUGUCUGCAGCCGCUGAAGAACAGGGCAUCUUCCCUGAUGAUCUGUCCAGCUUGAUCCGGCGGUUGUGGGGUGACAGCGGCAUACAGAGCUGCUUCACACGAUCACGAGAGUACCAACUCAACGACUCUGCAGCAUAUUACCUGAAUGACCUGGAGAGGAUAGCUAAAGCAGAUUACAUCCCCACCCAGCAGGACGUGCUGCGAACUCGGGUCAAGACCACUGGCAUUGUGGAGACUCACUUCACUUUCAAGGAACUGCACUUCAAAAUGUUUGACGUGGGAGGCCAGCGCUCGGAGAGAAAGAAGUGGAUCCACUGUUUCGAAGGAGUGACAGCCAUUAUUUUUUGUGUCGCGCUGAGUGCUUAUGACCUGGUGCUGGCGGAGGAUGAGGAGAUGAACCGAAUGCACGAGAGCAUGAAGUUGUUUGACUCCAUCUGCAACAACAAGUGGUUCACCGAGACCUCCAUCAUCCUCUUCCUCAACAAGAAGGAUCUCUUUGAGGAGAAGAUUACCCGCAGCCCUCUUACCAUCUGCUUCCCAGAGUACACAGGAGCCAACAAGUUUGACGAAGCAGCCAGUUACAUCCAGACCAAGUUUGAGGAUCUGAACAAGAAAAAGGACACAAAGGAGAUCUACACCCACUUCACCUGUGCCACUGACACCAAGAACGUGCAGUUUGUCUUCGACGCCGUCACCGACGUCAUUAUUAAGAACAACCUGAAAGACUGCGGUCUUUUCUAAAGGAGAAUGCCUGACGCACACAGACUGCAUGAGAGACUGCAACAGCCAUGUGAUGAUUACUGCUUUUCAUAAUGAAAACCAUAACAGACUUGAUUCCUAGAGGGGAAAUCUUAAAGAACUUCAACAAUCACUGAUUUGCAACCAUCACAUUCUCCGUCAAUUGUGUUAAUAUUUUUGUUUUUAUAUAUUUCUUACUGCUCUCGAUCAGGGGUUCUCAUACUAUUCAUUCUGAGUGCCUGGAAAUGGAUGCUUGACAAACUUAUUGGUUUUUAAAUCAGAUUUGUAACCUAAAUUAUAUUAUUCGACCGGCUUAAGUGGAAAAUAAUUGUUGGGCAAGGACAAAUGUAUCAUAAUAAUUACCCAUUAUCUCAUCAUGCCACCUGGCAAAUUAAAAUACGGCAAAAUUCAAGUAUUUUUCAUCCUCAAUAGGCCUUUAAGGACCAGUUUGAGAACCACUUAAACGUUAUUUGAUUUUAUGAGUCUCAUUUUUUGUAUUUAGAUCUCUUUACUUUCUUCUAUCCUGAUUUGCUUUUGGAUUUAGUAUGAAGAUACAGUAACAAAAAACAACAAGUUUUUAUAAAAGAAAAAAAAUCACAUUAACUUAUGUUACCUAAUGUUGGCAUUUUAUGAACCUUUUGACUGCACAGAGCUUAUUUUUAGAAGAAAACAAACAAGCAUGAAGAAUGAAAAUGGACGAAGGGAAGAUGUUUUUUUGUACAAUGUUUACACAGAAUAAAUACUCACAGUUGUACUAUAGUGCAUUGUUCUGCAUGACUGUCCAUAGAUUAGCUCGUUACCCCCUCACAAACUGAAUAACAUUCCUUAAGUAACUUUUUUGAAGAAACAAAACAGAAAUGGUUAUGUGACACUUUUAAGAUAUCUGCAAGAUUUUUAAGUGGUUAUGUCUGUUUUUAACAUGGAUUGUUCUGUAAUAUUUGUUCCAUUCCGAGUCUUUUUACAUAUGUUUGUGCCUUGAUAUCUGUUUACACUUGUUCUUUAGAGACAUGCUAUCUCCAUAGUGUGAAUUAGGGCUAUUUCUACUCCACUUUGGUUCACAUAACCCAUGAUUUACCACGCACCACAACACGGAGACAAGCGGAUGAUAGCCGUUCAUUAAUAUUAAGAUAAAAGUAAUUCACUUGUUAAAUGUAAAUAAAAGUUUGCUCACAUGAU